UUAGGAAUUUAAUUUACUUAUUAGUUUUUGUGAAAUAACACAAUUCUAUUUUGUUUUAUGAACAGUUUGAUUGUUAUUUUGAUAAGAUUAUCAUAAGUCAUUAUUUUAUUUUUUAUACUAGUUGUGAUAUGGUCAAUACUCAAUUGUUUGUUUCAGUAUGGUAACUCGUUUACACAAGUGGAUUCUACGAUACAAUUCAAGCUCAUUACUAAGUUUCUGCAAAUCUAAGACAAUGGAACAGAAAAAAUGCUACCUCAGAUAUGUUCAAAAUGAAGACCGAGUCGAUAUAGCUUUCUUAUUAAAAGUAAAAGAAGAUAACAUUAGGCAGUUUAAUUUAAGUAGACGACCAUCUGAGUCACUUGAAAGUAUCCUGGCCCGCAUCGGGACUAAUAUUCAAAAAGUUCUUCAAAAAGGUAGCAAGAAAAAAGCACAACCAACUGAAGGCAAAACCGUGAUUGAUGCCAACUUUUAUGUGAAUGAAAAUAUUGUGGAUAAUACCAAGUCUUGUAUAGACUUAUUUGAUAUUGAAGAUCCAGUUACAUUAAAAAUUACCGACUUCGAAUAUGAAGCAGUAUUCAAUCCUCCUUGGGUAUUGAGUUUAUCUUUACCUAGAAGUAUUUUGGCUGGGUUUCCAAUAUAUCCUGAACAUUUUGCCACACAAAAUACUGAAGACAGUUUUAAUACCUUUAAAUGGUAUAAAGGCAUGUCAGUCAAUGAAAAAGGAAAUAAAAUUAGUGAAACUCACAUAAAGUGGGAGUUCUUACAGAGUGGGUUUCCAUAUACCCCUUCUACAUCAGAUAUUGGAAUGAAGUUAAAACUUGAGUGUAUACCAGGCAACAGUUCUAUGACUGGUCCAGUGGUGGAGGUGCUGGCUACAAGCCUAGUUGAAGCAGGCCCAGGAAGGUGUCCUUUUGAAAACAGACAUGCAUUUACCAGUGAAAAGCUACAGUCUGAAAGGUUUCGCUGUGUGACAUACAAUAUACUGGCUGACUUAUACUGUGACUCUGACUUCACAAGGACAGUUCUCCACCCCUAUUGCCCACCUUAUGCUCUGCACAUAGACUACAGAAAACAGCUUAUAAUAAAGGAAUUACUAGGUUACAAUGCUGACAUAAUGUGCCUUCAAGAAGUUGAUGCUAAAAUAUUCAACAAUUGUUUAAAUCCACUGCUAUCCAUUGAGGGAUUUGAUGGCUGUUUUUACAAAAAAGGCAAACAAGUAGCAGAGGGGCUCGGGUGUUUCUAUAGAAGAGAUAGGUUUAGUUUGAUUUCAGAACACCGAAUAGUUCUAUCAGAAGUAAUUAAAAGUGAACCUUGUUUUAAAUCAAUUUGGGAAUCUAUUAAAGAUAAUGCUGCUCUUCUAGAAAGGUUAUUAGAUCGCUCAACAGCAUCCAGUUGUACAAUAUUGCAAUCAGCUGAUAAUCCAGAGCAAAUACUUGUUGUGGGAAACACACACUUGUACUUCCACCCUGAUGCAGAUCAUAUAAGACUUUUACAAGGUGGAAUGUUUAUUUAUUGGUUAAGAGACAUAGUGAAGAAAACCAAGGAACAGUUUCCCAAUAAAACGGUUUCCCUUAUUUUGUGUGGAGAUUUCAACAGUGUGCCUUCGUGUGGAAUCUAUCAACUUUACACCACUGGUUUAGCUCCAAGUGAUCUACCUGACUGGAAAUCAAAUGAAAGUGAAGCAGUUACCAAUUUAACUUUACAACAAGACAUUGGUUUAAGUAGUGCCUGUGGAACUCCUCAGUACACAAACUUCACAGCAGGGUUUGCAGAUUGUCUGGAUUAUAUUUUUUAUGACAAUCAAAAUCUAACUGUUGAUCAGGUGAUUCCAUUUCCAACGGUAGAGGAGCUGCAAGCGCACACUGCGUUACCAAGUAUAGUGUUUCCGUCAGAUCACAUAGCGCUCAUUGCCGAUUUAAAGUUUACCGCCAAGUAACUAAAAUAAAAAGUUCAUUUUACUGUUACCAACACUACAAACUAUUUAUAAUGUUACUGUUUUGAGUUUUAUUAUAAGUGUCCCUAUAAAUAUAAGGGCUAUA